ACCGCUCGGCUCACGCGGAGGUGAGCGUGUGAACACGCACUUUCUCCCCUCAGAGUGCGCCGGCGUCCUGGUUUCUUUCUUUGCGUGUUCAAAGUGUCAGGGGGAGAAAGUAGCAGUGGAAUGCGGCCUGCGCCAAGCAGGUUCAAGACUGAACCUAUUCACCCUUGGCAGUACACACAGUUAUGCAUUCCAUUGCUCACUGGCCUCUGAUGCUUUAGCAGAAGUGAUGUAAGUCCUAUCUCUAGAGUUAACAGGACAGUGGAGCAAGCUGUUUUCAACUCAAGUGUGAUUAAAGGCCCUAGCAUCUAUAAUUUAUCCAGGACCCAUGUGUGGACUUUUGGCCAGGGAGUCCAGGAGCAUGUGCCCACAUCUGCUUGACUUCUGGUGUGGGCCUCAUGGCAAAGCAGCAAGCAGAUGCUGAAGAAGAAAGAGAAUGGAGCUGACCUCCCGACCAAGCAAAGCCAUUCUGAGAGGACAGCAUUAAUCCACACAUGAGGGUGCUGGUCCCUUACGCCCCACCUCCCUGCAUCAAGGAGUUAAGCUUCCAGCCGUGCAUCCUUGGGGAACACAUUCCAACUGUCACAGGCAGUUAGGUCAUUUUUUACAUUUUCAGGAUAUGAACAAAUCUUUCAGAACUCUUGAGAUUUUUAUUCACGAGUUUCCAAGUGACUGGAUUUUUUCUGCACCAGUUAUUUGCAAGAGAUUUAUGUGGGAGAUUUAUGGUCCGCAUUAUGUCUGGAGCCAGCAGUAGGCUCGCCCUUUUCCUCUUUGGCUGUUGCUCACUUGCCCUGGAAGUCUACACCAAGGAACACGGUGCAGCUGACCCUCGCAGAGCUGACUACUAUGUGGCUGCUGUGUACGAGCACCCGGCAGUCUUGAGUCCGAACCCUCUUGCUUUCUACAGCCGCAAGCAGGCCUUGGAACUAAUGAACCAGAACUUGGACAUCUACGAACAGCAAGUGAUGGCUGCAGCCCAAAAGGGUGUACAGAUUAUAGUGUUUCCAGAAGAUGGCAUUCAUGGGUUCAACUUUACAAGAACAUCCAUUUACCCAUUUUUGGACUUUAUACCAUCUCCCCAGCUCAUUAGAUGGAACCCAUGCCUGGAGCCUCACCGUUUCAGUGAUACAGAGGUCCUCCAGCGCCUGAGUUGUAUGGCCCUCAAGGGGGAGAUGUUCUUGGUGGCCAAUCUUGGGACAAAACAGCCUUGUCUUAGCAGUGAUCCAGGCUGCCCAGCUGACGGGAGAUACCAGUUUAACACUAAUGUUGUGUUCAGCAGCAAUGGAACCUUUGUUGACCGCUACCGUAAACAUAACCUCUACUUUGAGGCAGCUUUUGAUACUCCUUUUAAAGUGGACCACAUCACCUUCGACACCCCCUUUGCUGGCAAGUUUGGCAUAUUCACUUGCUUCGACAUACUGUUCUUUGAUCCUAUUGUCAGACUGCUCAGAGACUCUGAUGUGAAGCAUGUUGUGUACCCCACAGCUUGGAUGAAUCAGCUCCCACUUUUGGCAGCUGUUGAGAUUCAGAAAGCUUUUGCCAUUGCCUUCGGUGUCAAUGUGCUGGCAGCUAACAUCCACCACCCUUCUCUAGGGAUGACAGGGAGCGGCAUCCAUACCCCCACGAAGUCCUUUUGGUAUCAUGACAUGGAAAAUCCCAGAGGUCACCUUAUAAUUGCCCAGGUACCCAAAAACCCACAGGGUCUUACUGGUACAGAGAAUGCUGUAGGUAAAAUGGAUCCAUCCCAUACUAAGUUUUUAGAACUUUUGUCAGGUAGUCCACAUUGUGAGAAAGAUGCCCAGGAGGUCCAUUGUGAUGAGGAUGCCAAAUGGAACUUGAACACACCUCCUGUGUUUUAUUCUGAAAUGAUGUAUGAUAAUUUCACCCUGGUCCCUGCCUGGGAAAAGGAAGGCUAUCUCCAAGUCUGUUCAAAUAGUCUCUGCUGUUAUUUACUCUACAAGAGGCCUGCUCUGUCCAAAGAGCUGUAUGCCCUAGGGGUCUUCGAUGGCCUGCACACCGUGCAUGGCACCUACUACAUUCAAGUUUGUGCCCUGGUCAAGUGUGGUGGUCUUGGUUUCCACACCUGUGGGCAAGAGAUCACUGUGGCCUCGGGGAUAUUUGAGUUUCAUCUGUGGGGCAACUUCAGCACUUCCUACAUCUUUCCGUUGUUUCUGACCUCGGGAAUGCGCCUGGAAACCCCUGACCAGCUUGGCUGGGAAAAUGACUACUAUUUCUUGAGGAAGAGAGGACUGUCCUCUGGUCUGGUGACAGCAGCUCUCUAUGGGAGGUUGUAUGAGAGAAACUAGGGGAAGUGUGUGGUCUUUGGGUGGACAUCCUUACACCUCCACACAUCACAGAUUGCGAGCACUGGGACACUUCUGCCAGAGUGCGGAAGCCCACUUUUGUGCCACCAGGUCCCACUGGAAACUGUAGGAGGAAGCGGGAGAGGCAGAUCCUCCUCUUCCUUCUCCUCCUCCUUUUUUUCUUUCACUUCUUGAGACAGGGUCUCAUGAGGUUGGCCUUGAACUCACUGUGAAGCCCAAGAGGCUAGCCUUGAACUCACCACAGUCCUUCUGUCUCAGCCUCCCACAUGCUGAGAUUGCAGGCAUGCAGCAUCAUGCCCAGCCUACCUCUUCCUUCUAAAAGUGAAUGAUCAAGAUAUUUUCUGGUGUUUUCUACUCACAUUGGUCUUCUAAACCACAUCUCCCUCUAGUGAAUUUGUAAGUUUUAAGAGCCGAAACAAAAAUAAAUGUCAGUUAAUGUUUUUACACAUUCACAA